GGCUCCUAGAGCUGCACGGUGGCCAGAGAAGGGGGUGUGGAUAGGCGAAUGCACCAUGCCGCUGCAGGACAACACCCUCCGAGAGGUGUGGGCCUCGGACAGCGGACAUGAGGAGGAAGGCUCGGAUAUCCAGCAGCGCCCCAAGCAGCAGCGACCCGCCAAGGGGCAGAAGUUGAGGAAGAAAAGGACGGAAGCCCCCGAGUCCCCCUGCCCCGAGGGAUCCAAGCCCCGGAGGAAACCUGGAGGCGGGCGGGGGGCCGAGCCCGGGGGUGCCCCCAAGGCCGGGCGGAGGGGGAAGUCGCGGGAGGAGCCCGCCCCGCAGCCGCCCGAGGCGCGGACGCCGCAGACGGUCUACACCAAGUUCCUCAGAGACCCCGAGGCCAAACGCGACCCGCGGGAAACCUUCCUGGUAGCGCGAGCCCGGGACGCAGUAGACGAGGAUGAGGAGGAAGAAGAGGAAGACCAUGAAGAGGAAGAGGAAGAGGAGGAGGAGGAAAAGAAAGAGAAAACCCCUCUGCCUCCCAAGAAGCCUCCUAAAGAGAAGACUUCCACAGGCAUCAAGGAGAGGAGGGCCAAGGCCCAGGGUCAGAAGGGGGACCUGGGAAGCCCUGUCCCCCCAUCCAAACCUCUUCGAAUGAAGAAGAAGGAGGUACCAGCGGGGGAGGGGACCAAGAUGAGAAAGACAAAGAAGAAAGGGUCUGGGGAGGCUGACAAGGACACCUCCAUGAGCCCGACUAGAGUGACAAAGAAGAGCCCAGCAGCCAUGUUUCUGGUGGGGGAAGAUGGCCCCGCUGAGAAAGCUCGGAAGAAGAAAGGCACUCCCAAAGGCUCAGAAGAGGAGAGGAAGGAGGAAGAGGAAGAGGAGGAAGAAGUGACAAAGAACAGCAAUCAGAAGGGCAAAGCGAAAGGAAAAGGCAAAAAGAAAGCGAAGGAGGAGAGAGCCGCAUCUCCACCCGUGGAAGUGGAUGAACCCCGGGAGUUUGUGCUUCGGCCUGCCCCUCAGGGCCGGACAGUUCGCUGCAAGCUGACCCGGGACAAGAAGGGCAUGGAUCGGGGCCUGUAUCCCUCCUACUUCCUGCACCUGGACACAGAGAAGAAGGUGUUCCUCUUGGCUGGCAGGAAGCGGAAACGUAGCAAGACGGCCAAUUACCUCAUCUCCAGCGACCCUACCAAUCUGUCUCGAGGAGGGGAGAAUUUCAUUGGGAAGCUGAGGUCCAAUCUCCUGGGCAACCGCUUCACUGUCUUUGACAACGGGCAGAACCCGCACCGCGGAGGAGGCAGCACUGAUGUGGGGCGCCUUCGGCAGGAGCUGGCAGCUGUGAUCUAUGAAACCAACGUGUUGGGCUUCCGAGGUCCCCGGCGCAUGACGGUCAUCAUUCCAGGCAUGAAUACGGAGAACGAGAGGGUCCCCAUCCGGCCGCGAAAUACCAGCGAUGGGUUGCUGGUGCGCUGGCAAAACAAGACACUGGAGAGCCUCAUCGAGCUGCACAACAAGCCCCCCAUCUGGAAUGAAGACAGCGGCUCCUACACCCUCAACUUCCAAGGCCGAGUCACACAAGCCUCCGUCAAGAACUUCCAGAUUGUUCACGCCGAUGACCGCUCCGGCUGCCCAGCGGGCUCAGGCCCAGAGCCCAGAGCAACCAGCACAAUAGCGUCCAACAGCUGGAAUGCCAGCAGCAGCCCCGGGGAGGCCCGGGAGGAUGGGCCCGAGGGCCUGGACAAGGGGCUGGACAACGACGCGGAGGGUGUGUGGAGCCCCGACAUCGAGCAGAGCUUCCAGGAGGCCCUGGCCAUCUACCCGCCCUGCGGCCGCCGCAAGAUCAUCCUGUCAGACGAGGGCAAGAUGUACGGUCGAAAUGAGUUGAUUGCGCGCUACAUCAAACUGAGGACGGGGAAGACGCGGACGAGAAAACAGGUCUCUAGCCACUUGCAGGUUCUAGCCAGGCGGAAAUCUCGAGAGAUUCAGUCCAAGCUGAAGGCCAUGAACCUGGACCAGGUCUCCAAGGACAAAGCCCUCCAGAGCAUGGCAUCCAUGUCAUCCGCCCAGAUUGUCUCCGCCAGCGUCCUACAGAACAAGUUCAGCCCACCCUCCCCUCUGCCCCAGGCCGUCUUCUCCACUUCCUCACGGUUCUGGAGCAGCCCCCCUCUCCUGGGACAGCAGCCUGGACCCUCUCAGGACAUCAAGCCCUUUGCACAACCAGCCUACCCCAUCCAGCCGCCCCUGCCGCCAACGCUCAGCAGUUACGAGCCCCUGACCCCGCUCCCCCCAGCUGCUGCCUCUGUGCCCGUGUGGCAGGACCGCACCAUCGCUUCCUCCCGGCUGCGGCUCCUCGAGUAUUCUGCCUUCAUGGAGGUGCAGCGAGACCCCGACACGUACAGCAAACACCUAUUUGUGCACAUCGGCCAGACGAACCCUGCCUUUUCGGACCCGCCUCUGGAGGCCGUCGACGUGCGUCAGAUCUAUGACAAGUUCCCAGAGAAAAAAGGGGGACUGAAGGAACUCUAUGAGAAGGGGCCCCCUAAUGCCUUCUUCCUUGUCAAGUUCUGGGCCGACCUCAACAGCACCAUCCAGGAGGGCCCAGGAGCCUUCUACGGGGUCAGCUCCCAGUAUAGCUCGGCCGAUAGCAUGACCAUCAGCGUCUCCACCAAGGUGUGCUCCUUUGGCAAGCAAGUGGUGGAGAAGGUGGAGACGGAGUAUGCCAGGCUGGAGAACGGGCGCUUCGUGUACCGCAUCCACCGCUCCCCCAUGUGCGAGUACAUGAUCAAUUUCAUCCACAAGCUGAAGCACCUGCCGGAGAAAUACAUGAUGAACAGCGUCCUGGAGAACUUCACCAUCCUGCAGGUGGUCACGAGCCGGGACUCCCAGGAGACCCUGCUUGUCAUUGCUUUCGUCUUCGAAGUCUCCACCAGCGAGCACGGGGCCCAGCACCAUGUCUACAAACUCGUCAAAGACUAGGCUACCCUCUGCCCCCACCACCAGGAUCCAGGACGAGCGUCUGUUCCACACACCUGCCUGGCCCCCCCUGGAAGUCUGGGAUUGAGGACUCACCCGCCUGCCAGGCCUCAGGCCCAGGACCCAGGAGGCCUCCCCACCUACCCCCAGCACACACACUCCCUGCCACUGUUCUGCGCUUUAAUUGUGGGAGAAGAGAGGAGGUUUCAGUGGUGGGGCAGCCCGCCCUAGAUGCUGAACCAUCGCCCAGCUCUGCCCAGCCUCCGGUGAAUGGGAGGACCCCUUUGGGCUCAGGCACGUGUGGCCGGCAGGGGAGGGUGGAACGGAGACCGAGGGAGUCAGAGUGCAGAGGCCCCAGGAAGGAGAGUGUCGAGUUGGAGUUAGGUUGAGAAGAGAGAGGGGCCCACACUUUCUUGCACCUGCUACGUGCCGGGCCCGGUGCUAGGUGCUAUGUGUACCCAGUGCCGUUCUCAGACUGCGUGAAGCGAGCACGGGUCGUGGGUCUUGGCGUCUCAUGAUGUGCUGAGACUUGAAGUUGAGCGACCCUUGCAGGGUGGGGCAGAGUUGGAAUUCUCAUCCAGGGCUGCCUGUCCCCAGAGCCCAGGUUUACACUACCUCCCUGGAGGGGAUGGGAAAGAGGGUCUGUACUAGGGGCUGGGGCCAUCCACGUUGGGAGCCUCCUCCCAGGGGAGCAGCUGCUUCUGACCAGGCAGGAAGAGAGGAGCAGCAGGUACUUGGCACCUGUUAGGUGCCCUCUGUCAGCCCCUGUGCUGACCUCCUCCAGCCUGCCCUGGCCCAGAUCCAGUGCCUGAGCCCGUCAGCAGCUUCCUGAUGGGAGAAGGCCCCCAGGGGCAGACUCCAAAAUAGCUUGGAGCGUCCUGUAGAAAGAUAGAGCCCCAGCCUCAGGGCAGACCAGUGUUCCAGGGACAAGGGGUAGCAGAAAGGCUUUGCUAUUUUUUAAUGCCCAAGACUUGGGUUUGGUCAACCCUUGGUGGGCGCCACUCCCUUAUGUUUUUCUCCAUCUCAGUCUCCCAGGACUGGGACAGCAGCUUCCCAGAAUCAGUUCUGGGACUGAAGGUUAACCCUUCCCCUGCUGGCCCUUCCCAACACCCAGGCCCCUCUGCCAGCUUGGCCUGUCUACCAGCCGCCUCUGGGCAUUCACGAGUUUCAUAUGAAGUACUGUGCCCCUUCCCUUCCUUACACCACCCGCCCCUGAGCUUCCUGAAGGUCCUCACAAUUUGCAUAUCGCUCAGGCCACUUCCAAACCCAACCUAGGUUUUAUAAUGUAUAUUAUAUUUUUUGUGUAUUUUUUAAAUCCAGCUGUGAUGGGUUAUAUCAUAAACGUGGCGUGGGGCUGGGGUAGGGGCCCUCAAGGCCCAGCUCCUGCUCAAAAAAAAAAAAAAAAAAAAAAAAAAAAAAAAAAAAUUAAAGUUAUUUGUUUGUGGGUUAGCUGUGUGACCAGUGUAUGCCAGACCUCUCUGGGUUGGAUUAGCUUCCAAUGGGUGCUCCUGCUAGGUUAGCUCCUGGUGGGUCCCCCCACCCUACUCCAUCUCUGCUGGAGGGCCCCCAAGCCAUACUUGCACUCAAGGUCCCAUGAAAGUUUUGCAGACUCCCUUUCUCCCACCCACUCCUGCCAUGAGUGGAGUGCUGAAAUGUGCCCAGUGCUGGCCUAGUUUCUACUGCUGCAUGGUCUCUUUGAAGUGACCUGCCCAAGGUCACACAACUACUGAGGCCCCCUGCUAAACCCCCAGUCUUCGUGGUGGCUACUGCUGGUUCGCUAUCCUGUCCUCACUUUCCACCAGAGAAGAACCUCAAGGGGGAAGAGUGCUUUCCCGAGUGGAUGGCUGCUAGCAGGGGAAGCCAGAUUCCAACCUGUUCUCUGCCUGGAAAAGCCCUGCUCUCCACUCUGAACCAUCUUGUGCUCAUACAGCAGGGACCACAGAGUGGGGAGGGUGAGGAGACGGUAUCUUCAAUGGAUAUGCAUGAUCUGAAAUUCAAAUUUAAAUAAGCAUCCUGUAUUUUCAUUUGCUCAAUCAGGUAACCCUACUCUAGAAUCUAGUUUUCUAGAUCAUUCUGGUCCAACCUCCAGAUUUGCAGAUGGGGAAACACUGAAGUUAAAUGCUGUCUUCACUCAGCCAGUGGCAACACCAAGAUUUGAAUCUGGUCGGCCUGACUCCAAGACCAUGCACCUGGUAAUCUGGUAGCUUUUUGUCUCAGUCCACAGCAUUGGAUGGCUGCCAGACUCAUUUGCAAGAUGGGGAGGGUGCCUGGAGCCCCAGCCAGGUGGUUGUGGCUCCUGGAGUCAGAACUUGGUUUAUGAAGCACCCACUACGUGCCCAGCCUAGGACUGGACCCAAAAUCUGGUCUCUGGGCUUAACAGGUAAUUCUAUCUAUUGGAUGCUUGAGGCAUCAUCACGUGUGUUGUUGCCUUCUCUCUCCCGGAGUAAACAGCAGUAAACAGCCUUCGGGUGAUUUAGAAUCAUGUAGAUCUCCUGCGGAAAAUCCAAGUGCAAUAUGGCUGGCCUCCUUGCCUGUCCUCCCUGCCCUCUCGCCCCACAUCUCCCUACUUCCUUGCCCCCACAUGCAAAUGUAACAGAUCCAGAGGUGGGUGAUGUCUAGUUUCAAGGUCCCAAAGUAAGGCGAGGACCGGAAGAAGGGGAGUCUUGUGAGGCUGGAGCCCAGGAAUCUCCUGAAGUGGCUCUUACCUGCUCAGGGUUCUGCGGGAAGCUUUAAAGGGCAAGAUGGCUGGAUCCCAGAGACGGGAGCUGAAGUUCUGCCUUUCCUGCCCAUUUCUGUUCUGAUGUCAUCUUGUCAAUUCUAAGGUCAAGGCCUAGGUGCUACUCUGAGAUUUCUUAGGGGCUCUUUAUUUCCCUGUAGUGCUAAUGCUGGAGAACUGGGGCUCCCCAGAUAGCUGAACCCUGAAUUCUCAGGUGCACAUAAGCUUUCAACGGAUCAUCCCAGAGGCUGGAAUUUGAUGAAAAUAGCUCAACCUUCUUUCACAAUGGAAUCUGCCUCCAUGCCCGUUUUCCAUUUGCUUUCUCUUCUGCUACCUACUCUUUAUUGUGCUCCUGUGGGCCUCUUGAGAGCAGACACCAUGGCUCUAAACAGGUUCCCCACUGCCCAGUAGUGGGUCAGCAUUUUAGUAUAGUUGGUAAGAAUUCCUACCCCAAUAACGUAAGGCUUAAUAAAUAGAAUGGGUUUGAUUUAAAUCCAGGUGAUUCAAAUCAAUCCAGUAAGACUCAAGUCCCUAAGUAUUUCUAAAACACCCACUUAACCUUUCCCUGGAGUUUCCAAACUUACAAAAAAAAUUUUUAAUCCUUGGCUUAUUUCAAACAGGAAGGUGUGUCUAAUUCUAAAGCCAUCCUGGUCUUUCUCCCCAUUCACCAGCAUCUAAAUUCAACUGAACCAGACCAACAGACUUUACAUACUGUGACCAAACACUACGUAGGUAGCUACAUGUGAUUGCUAUUUAGCAACUGCUGUUUUAGUAACACUUCCUGGAGAAUUGCCUUCUGAUUGGUAGGAUACACAGGAUCAUGAAUGAGAAACUGCUUCUAAAAAACCCUUGGCUCCACAGGCAUUGCUCAGUACUGCACCACGGCUGGCAGGAACAAAAGGUCUCUCUGGUCUUAGGCUCUGAGGUGGUUUGCAGGUUCUGAGAGGCUUUGCCCACUAGGGCCCUUGGGACUUGGCGCUAGAGAUGCAGCUGGGACCCAUCACAGCAAACUCUAGGGAGGACUUCGGUUUUAUGCUUCUGCCUCAUGGCUCUGCCUUUUUGGUUGUAUUCAGUGCCUAAUAAGCAGCAGUGCGAGAGGCCAGGCGUUAAGAUAUUUGCCUUUUUCUUUCUGAUUACAAACAUGACAGAACUCCAGGAAAUCCCAGAUAAUCAUUUUACUCCCAGAGUUAAACAUGGCCAACAUUCUAAGUCAACUUCCAAUCACUUUUACUAUGCAUAAACUAGGACCCCAAAUUCCGGGCUUAUCACAAGAUCACCAAGACUGCAGCUUUUUUUUUUACCAGUAAGCAAAGUUACUAACAGUUACUAACUUAAAAGCUAAAACAAU